AUGUGGCUGCCCACUUCCUCAACUUACAAGGUCCAAUCUGCAAUACAAGGUCUGCCAGGAAAUGCAAAGGUAGCUAGCCUUAUAAAUAGCACAGAAAGGGAAUGGAAAAUGGAACUAGUGAGGGAGGUAUUUGGAGAGGAGGAAGCUGAAACAAUUCAAAAGAUUCCUAUUAGUUCAACUGGAGUAGAAGAUAGGCUAAUAUGGCAAGGCAUUAAAGAUGAGGGGUUCAUUGUGAAGAGUGCUUACUAUCUUCAAAAUGAGCUAAAUGCCAUGAUGCUUGGGCAAUCUUCUUUGGUUACUAAAAAGACUACAGAUUGGACUAGCUGUUGGAGGCGUAAAAUCCCAAAUGCAGUGAAGACUUUUAUAUGGAGAGCUUGCCUUGACUCUUUGCCCACAAGACUAAAUUUGGUCAAGAAGCGAAUCUGUAAAUCUCCAAAGUGCCAUGUGUGUCUGUGUGCAGAUGAAACAGUGAUUCAUAUACUAUGGAACUGCCCCUUUGCUAUGGAUGUGUGGAGCCAUGGCUCUUCUAGUUUGCAAAAGUGCUCAAUCAGACCAGAAACUUUCAGUGACUUAGUAGAGGCUCUAAACUCUAGUUAUGAUAUAGAGAUUAAUUCCUUCUUAGAAUUCAAAAAUGCACAACAAAAGCCUCAAGCAUCUCCUUGUGGGACAACAGAAGGCUUAGGCACAUGGAAUCCUCCUCUACCAGGUGUGAUCAAGGUAAAUUGGGAUGCAAGUCUGAGUGCUAGUAAUGGAAGGGCAGGUUUUGGAAUAGUGGCUCGUGAGCAUCAAGGCAGAAUUUUGGCACACAAAAAGUUUUCAAAACCGAGUUCUUUUGACCCCCUACUUGCAGAAGCUCAAAGAGCUCUAUAUGCUGUAGAGUUGGCUAUUGAAUUAGGAUACAGUUCAAUCAUUUUAGAAAGGGAUUCUCACUCAAUAAUCAAAGGAGUUAUGCAAGAUCAAUCUAGAUGGGAUAGAGUGGGAAUGAUCCUUAGUGAUACAAAGAUGAAACUUUCCUAUUUAGUUAGCUGGAAUGCAACUUUUGUAAAAGGAAAUUGUAAUACUUAUGCACACACACUUGCCAAAGUAGCACUAUCUCUUCUCGAGAGCUUAGUUGAUCUGGUUGUUAAUCCAGAUACCCUAUAG